UCCGCCUGCCCGGGUCGCCGCGCUAAUCGGCCCGUUACCCGUCCGCGCCCUGCCCGGUGCGGCCUCCUGCCUUCCUCUCGCACCGUCGGGCGCCCGAGCUGCCCGCGGGCUGGGUCCCCGCGGCCCGAGCCGCCCCGGCCGGGCCCCCAAGCGAGGCCGAGAUGACUUCCAAGGAGGACGGCAAGGCGGCGCCGGGGGAGGAGCGGCGGCGCAGCCCUCUGGACCACCUGCCGCCGCCCGCCAACUCCAACAAGCCACUGACGCCGUUCAGCAUCGAGGACAUCCUCAACAAGCCGUCCGUGCGGAGAAGUUACUCGCUGUGUGGGGCGGCGCACCUGCUGGCGGCCACGGACAAGCACGCGCCGGGCGGCUUGCCCCUGGCGGGCCGCGCUCUGCUCUCGCAGACCUCGCCGCUCUGCGCCUUGGAGGAGCUCGCCAGCAAGACCUUUAAGGGGCUGGAGGUCAGCGUCCUGCAGGCAGCCGAAGGCCGCGAUGGGAUGACCAUCUUUGGGCAGAGGCAGACGCCCAAGAAACGGCGAAAAUCACGCACGGCCUUCACCAACCACCAAAUAUAUGAGUUGGAGAAACGCUUUCUCUACCAGAAGUACCUGUCCCCGGCAGAUCGCGACCAAAUUGCGCAGCAACUGGGCCUCACCAACGCUCAGGUCAUCACCUGGUUCCAGAAUCGGCGCGCCAAGCUCAAGCGGGAUCUGGAGGAGAUGAAGGCCGAUGUGGAAUCCGCCAAGAAACUGGGCCCCAGCGGGCAGAUGGACAUCGUGGCACUGGCCGAACUGGAGCAGAACUCGGAGGCUUCGGGCGGCGGUGGCGGCGGCUGCGGCAGGGCCAAGUCUAGGCCGGGUUCUCCCGCGCUCCCCACAGGCGCUCCGCAAGCCCCGGGCGGAGGGCCCUUGCAGCUUUCACCGGCCUCUCCGCUCACGGACCAGCGGGCCAGCAGCCAGGACUGCUCAGAGGACGAGGAAGACGAAGAGAUCGACGUGGACGAUUGAGCGGCGCCCUGGACUUUCUGUCUCCCGGGCCCCCAGCGCCCGCAGGCCCGCCCGCUGCCUCCCGGACCGGACCGCCAAGGGGAGCUGGGACCUCCUCUGCAUCUCCCGCCUCCACCCUUGCCCCGGGGCCCGGACUUGACUCCUGACAGUCGCCUCCUCCCUCUUGAAGCAAUAAAUCCGGGCCGGCCGGCGGGGCCGGCCGCCACACGCGGCCUCCGCCGCCCCGGAAGCCCUCGCCGUGCAAUUCUGUAUGGCUUCUGUAUAAAUAUUUAAGCCUAUAUAGUGGGUUCCUCCCACCGCAGCCUGAUCUUUUUCUUUAUUUUAUUUUGUUAUUUUUUAAUAUCAGAGAUUUCGAUGUUUUCAAAGCCCGGGUGCUACCGGGUCGGCUGACGGUGAGGCGGACUCGAGAGCGGCGAACACUAACUCCUGCGGUCUAGAAGCUUUUUUCAUUUUUCUCUGCAUGUGGCGAAUGCACCGUUCGCUCACUCCCUGGGCCUAUUACAGUUGACUUUUCACUUCUUUCUGCCUCUUUUUUUCCCGCGUGAGAGGAGGGUGGGGGGGGGACGGACGGGCCUUGACUUGCAAGUUUCAAAAUCCAUCUUUUCUUUCCCCAGCGAGAGAAGUCUGUUUUCGAUGGCGUGUCUGCCUCCCAAUGUCACUAUUUUUAAAAAUUCUCCA